UAUGUUAUUACUAUCAGUAUCUUCUUAUCAUGCAUGACGCGUAGGACGUAAUCAGAUAAUCAUCUUCUUUUUUGAACUAACGUCUGUAUCAUAUAACUAUAGUAUAAAAAGUAUAAGAUAAGAAGAAGAUAGAUCAUUAGUGACAUUAGUCAUCACUCCACAGGCUUUUGACAAAGUUCACCACCAUAGUCCAUCUAGUUUGCUUAAAAAAAUUAAAGUAUUUUGGCAUUGAUGGUCCAUUGCAUCAGACACAGUGGAUUUUAUGAUAUUAUAGAGAGAGAACAAACUAUAAUAAUAAAUUUAAUGGCUCUCUAAAUGAGUAAAUCAACACUAAAAAUAACAGUAAAAACUCAACUCAAGUGAGAAGUGUACCUCAAGGAACAGUCUUAGGUCCAUUACUAUUUUUAACUUACAUUUACGUGAUUUACCAAAUUGCAUUAAAGAACAAAAGUCACAUUAUUUGCAGAUGAAUGCAUAAUAUUAAUAUAUAGAACAAUAAAAUCGACACAAGAUACAGAAAUUUUACAAAGAGAAAUUUAUGGGAAUCAAAUUGGAGCAUGUCUUUCCACCUAGAAAAAUGUCAGUUAUUAGGAGCAACAAGAAAAAUAAAACAUAUAAAUUCCACUUAUCUUAUUCACAGUAAACUAGUAACAUAGAUAAAAACACAAAAAUAGCUAGAGAGGGGUGGAGAGAAAAAUGAAAAACACACGGAAUCCCCAUAUUGAUGAAACUAUUAAAAAAUCAAAACAUUAGGGUUUAUUAAAAGAAAUUUCUAUAAAUUAAAUAAAGCAUACAACUAAAAUGUUGUUUAACCUUGGUUAGGCCAAUAAUAGAAUAUAUGCAUCCUCUGUUUGGGACCCUUCAACUCAAGAAAACAUUAAGAAACUAGAACAGACACCAAAUAGAGCAAUGCUUGUUAAAUCAAAAAAUGGAUUCUUUAGAAAAUAAGGAAAUGAGAAGUAAAGAAGAUUCCUAUGAACAAUCUGCACAAGAUUGGUUGGAAAUGAAAAACAAACUUGAAAAUGAAUUGCAACGCCUCCUGGUGGCACGCACAGCAGUUAUUCAAGAAAGUUCUUCACAAAAUUUUGAUGAACUAGUCAGCAAGGUUAUGGACUUGAAGGAAGCAAUGUUAGAGACAUCUGCCAAAAAAUCCAGAAAUGAACUUGUUUUAAAAAGGCUCCAGCUAGGUAAAGUCUUGUGUGAUGAAAUAUUUAAUAAUGAUGACAGCUCUAAUCCUUAUUUACAAAACAGCUUAAAACAGUUAGACCUUGCUGUUCAGAUUUUGAGAAUUCACAAGGAGACCAAAGAAUAUGAAGAAAAGUUACAAGCUGUUAAGAUGACAAAUGUUAAGUUGAAUAAAGAAAAUCUUGAGAUGAUGACAAAACUAACAAAUUGGAAUGAGAAGAAACAGAAAUUGUCUUUUGAGGCUGAAGGCAAUGAAGACUAUAAAAGACUCAAGCAACAGAUUGAGAUGAAAUGUCAGUCUAUUGAGGUGUGCAGGAACAUUAUCAAAAUUCUCAUUGUGGGGCUGGGUUUAGACUGGAGUGAAAGUCCAGAACUCACAGACCUCUUGCUACAAUGUGGAGAACAUGUUAGUUCCUACAUGUAAAGAGAAUAUGGCUUUUCAUUGUGUGGGUAUUUGUAUAUUUCUUGUACAUAUGUACACAAAUAUUGAUAAAUGUAAAUAAAUGUUUUUAAAAACAACAAAAAAAAUAUUUUUUUAAAAAUAAAAUCAUUCGUUGAGUG